ACUUGGUAUAUUCAUGAUAAUUGAGGUAGGGAGCUGUCGCAGGCAAGAAUAAUGCAUAUACUUCCGAUGCCAUUUGCUUUGUUCACUUAUAGUGGUUAUUGGCGACCGGUGCAUUUUCCUGUCAAUUCAUUGAAAUAUCGGAUGUAUAAUAUUUACUCCGCAUUUAUGUUUCUUUUACUGCAGUUGUUCGUAUUCUACGGUAUAGUUGACACUUUUAUUUUAUCGGCGAGCUUACCGGAAUUCGUGAACAAAUGUUAUCUGUUUCUUACAAUCUUGGGCGUGUCCUGCAAAGUCAUUCAUGUCUUUAUAUGUCGUGGAAAGAUCAUCGAAUUGGACAAGAUGCUAUUGGAAGAUAAUUGUGUUCCCAGAAAUAUAGAAGAGAUAUUGAUCCGAGAAAAAUUUGAUCGAUACAUAAGCCGGCUUACAAUCGCCUGUGAAAUCUUCAAUGAGAGCAGCGCAAUGUUCGGAACUCUUGCUCAAUUUUAUAUACUUUUAAAGACACGCAGCUUGCCUGUGUAUAAUUGGGCGCCUUUCGAUUUAUCAUCAAUAUAUGUCUUCUUGCCUAUGUUGAUAUUCCAAUGUGUGGCUUUGAUGUUAUGCGCAAAUUCCAGUGUCGCACACGAGACUCUAACUUCUGGUAUGAUGAUCCAAAUCUGCGCUCAAUUCGAAAUUCUGUGUCAUCGCGCUCGUAUAUUGCCGACGUUGCUGAUGGAAGCGGAGAAGAAUAGUAAGUCAGACGAAGACCUGAUAACACGAGAGAAAACUAUCAUUCGCGAUCUGAUAUAUCAUCAUCUAUACGUUUAUAAAUUUGCACACAUGGUUAAUGCAACUUUUACAACGAUGAUGUUCAUUCAAUUUUCCAUCAUCUCCUUAGUCCUCUGCAUGAGUGUUUACAAACUAUCUACAAUUACGUCAUUAUUUACCCUCAACUUUGCACACAAAUUUUCUUAUCUGUGCUCUAUGCUAGUGCAAAUAUUUCUUUAUUGCUGGUUUGGCAAUGAGGUGAUAUUAAAGAGUAUCGACGUCAGCACUGCUAUUUAUGAGAUGGAUUUUACGAAAUUAAGAGUCCGAGUAAUGAAAGAUCUUAUGAUAAUAAUGAUGCGUGCCAGCAAACCUGUCAAAAUAUCGACUGGCUACAUAGUUACCUUAAGCACUGAAUCCUUUAUGAGCAUUCUCAAAAUAUCCUAUUCGACGUAUAAUUUCUUAAAAGACUCUUAAAUAAAACCAAAAUACCAGAUCGCCUGCACAGAGUUUCACGUAUUAUAAUUUCUUCACGUAUAUUCACGUAUAUCGUCUACAUUUAAAUACUCAUGUGUUCUCUAACAAGAUAAAAAUAAAUAAUCAAUUGUACAAUCAUUCAACUUUAAUCAUGCCAUUUUUUCAGAAAUUUUAA